AUGGCAGAGGCUAAGGAGCAGGAGUUUGUCCAUGAGGUUUAUAAUGACAUUGCGUCACAUUUCUCGCAGACCAGAUACAAGCCGUGGCCUAUAGUGACCAAAUAUCUUGAAGAUCAGCAGACAGGAAGUGUAGGCAUCGAUGUGGGAUGUGGUAACGGCAAGUAUCUGGAUAUAAACCCCAAUGUGUUUUUGAUCGGUUCAGAUCGAUCGUGUAACCUCGUGGAGCACGCACAUGAGCGGAACACACGGUGCAACGUUAUGGUUGCGGACGGUCUGCGAUUGCCGCAUCGGGACGAGAGUUUUGAUUUUGCGAUAUCCAUAGCCGUGGUGCACCAUUGGUCGACCCGCCAGCGCCGUGUAGAUGCCAUAGCCCACAUUUUGAGCAAAGUGAAACCCCAGGGCACAGCGUUGAUCUACUGCUGGGCUUUGGAACAAGCCAGCUCACGAAGAGGCUACCAUGAAGGCCAGGAGCAAGAUGUGUUGGUACCUUGGGUCUUACAAGGACCUCAUGUGAAGAGCUCGUCGAAUACAGGUACGAAACUGCUGAAAACUGCAAGGCCCAAAGGUCCGGACUUGACCAAUGUACCACCAAAGGAAAGAUCAGCUGUUGUUCAACAGUGGAAACAGCAGCAAGAAGAGAAGAGAGCUACGCAGCAGGCACAAGAAACUGAUAUAGAAUCGCAAACGGGUCCCAAGAAAGACAUCAUAAACACCAAAUAUCGCUAUUAUCAUCUAUACAAAGAAGGUGAGCUCGAACAGGACUGUAUUAGUGCUGGAGGCCUAGUUGUUGGGGCUGGCUACGAAAAGGAUAACUGGUAUGUAAUUGUACAGCGACACUGA